AUGGACGACCAUAAACCUCACCCUCAAGCUUGGGUCGGAGCAUCGCUCAAGCCCGCAUUUGAUCGGUGGGUAAGCGAAGCCAACAUCCGAGGCCUCGACCAAGACUUGAAGCGACAGCUCUAUUUCUGGUGCGAAGAACACUCGGCAGCUUGGUGCCAAACCAUCAGUGAGUGCAAUAACCAGGAUCUACAAGAUGUCCCGUCCGUUGGACACUACGUCAACUUCUACGAAGCAUCCUGCCUUGCCGUGCGAUGGGAAUGGUUUGACUAA